CCUAAACUGUUCAUUGAACAAUACAGAAGUGACAGACUGCGCCGCUUGACCUAUCACACACAUAUCCCCACACAUCUGGGGGCAUGGGUGGUGCUGAAAAGCUGCGAGGAAGUGCUCCUCGAUUUUACCAUGCCACCAAUCAGAGGUAAAAACAACAGCGCUACUGGAGACGACUUGGAGCAACAAUAUGCACUUAUAUCUGAAAAAAGAGACAAGUUUUCCAAUUACAAACAGACGGAUGGAUGUAAAAAGUUAUCUUCUGCAUGUGUUGAAGAUGAUGGAAUGCUCUGUUUUACCUGCAACGCUAUGCUAAGGUCAUUUCAAAAUUGUGGCAAAAGGAGCUGGCCUACUAUGAGCCAAUUGGCACAGUCUACUCACCUAUCAACAACAUGGACAUCAAGCUGCUGACCGUGCAACAAACACACACCUCAUUGGACGCCUUGCGGAGGAACCAGCGACUUAGGAGCAGCGCUGUCAUCAGGAGGCACCCACGAGCCUAUAAGAGUGCCACCUUAGGGGACAUCUCCCUGUCAACAUUCAAAAAUAAUGUGGUGUGGUGUAACGGCUAUCGAGAGACCUCUUCCAUGCAGGCCCCCACUCUCCCUGAUGUUCCCAGUUCUUCAUCAAAGAAAGGAAACAAUAUGGCUAAUCCAUUUAGGAUCAAAGGGUUGAGAAGGCCCCCUCCAAGUCAGAAUGGGACCAGGCUUGGCCGGUCCGUUCCCAAGUCAUCUCCUCCCUGGGGGAGAUCCAUCACCCCAGGCACCCAGCUCUCCUCCACCACCCCCCUACCUCCAUCGCACCCCUGGAAGUCCAGCUCUACAUGCUACCUGACCCCUCCACAGUUGGCACCCACUAAGCCCCUGGUGGUCCAGCAGAGGAAAAAGAGAUGGUGCCCUCUCCAAGACUGUGAGACGGUUGGCUUUGCAGAGAUUUUGUUGAAACAGAGGAUAAUGGUAUUACAAUAAAUGCAGUUCAAUGUUCUAUUCUAAUUUGUAUCAUAGAGCCUCUUUGCUCUUUGUCCUGAAAGUAAUACAUAAGAAAAGUUAUAAUCGUGUUUUAUUGUGAAAUGUAUUACCUUCUAUGUACUGUAUAAUUAAUUUCCCUAUGAAAAAUGUAAAUGUAAAUGUAAAAAAAAAACAGGUGCACUGCCAACUUUAUCCAUCACCACUAGGGGGCAGCGAUGACUGUUACUCAAGUUUUGGAUUGUGAAUUACAGUAGUAGGUAACAAGAACUUCCACUUGUUUCCCUCAAUUCUGAGGCGUAGAUGUGGAGAUUAGUAACUCAACAUUUGUUUUGAUAUUUAGAUUUCCAAAGAGAAUGGAUCAAAUAUGGAACAGAAGAUUUGCAUUUAUUUAAACUGGAGAAUGGUGUGAAAACUUACCAAUCACAGUAUACUGAUGAAUGGUGAACCUGAUUUCUAUGUUGGCAUAACAGUACUGCACUGUAUUGGUCAUUGAGUUUACAGUUGACAAGUGUCUACUGAAUUAUAUCAGCACAUAAAUAAAAUAAAGAUGGUCUACAAUAUAAGAUUG